GCGCAUCGUCCCGCGCACCCAAACGGCGCGAUGUCGGGCUUCGCGUCCGGGUACCAGCUCAAGCGGCUCCGGGGCCUGCUCGAGAAGAAGUCGAGCGACGGCACCUGGCGCGUCCAGUUCUUCACGGCCCACAAGUCGAAGCUCUACUACAUGGACCCCGACGCGGACCUGACGGAGCAGCCGCCGCGCGCGUCCAUGGACCUGCUCGAGGGCCUGGCGAAGAUCGAGCGCAAGGGCGAGAAGCUCGUGCUCUGGGUCGACGACAAGCGGCGGCACCAGCUCCGGAGCUGCCGCGCGCCGUCCGACGCCGACGGCCCGCAGCCGUCGCUCGACGACUGGGAGCUGAGCCUCCGCGAGCGGCGCCUCGUGGCGAAGAAGCUGCGCGAGGAGCGCGCGGCGCGGCGCGCGGCGCGGCCCGCGCGGCCGAGCCGCGAGGACCUGCGGUCCGCGGACUACGCGCCGCCGGCGGCCGAGUCGCCGCGGCUCGCGCCGACGCCCGAGCGGCCCCAGUACAGCGGCGCCGCCAAGGUCUACGUCGACAACAGCAAGCCGCGGACGCCGCGGCCCACCCUCGCGUCGCCGGGCAUGCCCCGGGGCCCGACGUCGUCGUCGUCGGCCGCGGCGGCGUCCUACGCGCGGCGCGACCCCGCGCCGUCGCCGGGCAUGCCGCGGGGCCCGACGGCGUCCGGGCCGUCCUACUCGUCGCGCGCGCAGCACGGUGCCAAGCCCGCCAUGGAGCGGUCGCCCGGCGGCCGGCCCCGGAGCGACCGGGAGCAGGCGUCGUGGGACGCGUUCGUCGCGAGGACCGCCGCGGAGAACGCGGCCGACGAGGCGGCGGCGCCCGCGCCCGCGCCGGCGGCGGGCGACGCGCGGCCCCGCGCCGUGUCGCCGCGGUCGUCGUCGGCCGCGUCGAGCCCCCGGAGCCCGCGCGCGUCCGACGGCGCGCUCGACCGCUUCCUCGCGGCCGACGUGGACCGCCUCUCCAUGACGCAGCUCCGCGAGGGCCUCAUGGCCGCGGGCUUCCGCGACGUCGACGGCUCGGAGCCCGCGCUGCGCCGCAAGGCCGCGGACCUCCAGGACCGGCUGCUCGGCCGGCCGCCCCAGCCGGCGCGCGCCGCGCCGGCGUCCGUGCGCCAGGGCCUCGACGACGACGAGGACGACGACGACGACGACGACAAGGCCGCGCGCGCGAAGAUCAUCGCCUUCUACCAGAAGCACAACCCGAACAAGGUCCGCGACGUCGACGCGCUCAUCAUCAAGUACCGCGACGUCGGCGUCGGCGCGUCCGAGCUCCUCCUCGCCGUCCAGAAGAAGUACGCGCGCUCCCAGGAGAAGAAGUCGAACCAGUUCUCCAAGGGGGCGUCCCAGGAGCUCGCGCCCAUUCUCGGCGGCAAGUCGUCGGGCCCGGCGCAGCUGAGCUUCGGCGCGUCGACGGCCGUCGGCGAGGGCGCGGCCCUCGACGAGCUGCGGAGCGCGCGGUCCGGCGCGGCCUGGGUCCUCGACAAGACGCUGCGCGAGAAGGAGGAGGCCAAGUGGGAGGCGCUCGUGGCGUCCGCGAGCGGCAAGGCGCCGCCCAAGGUCGCGGCGUGCCUCAACCGGUGCGCGCCCGCGGUCGCGUGGGCCGCCGUCGGCUGCGAGGUCUGCGUGCCCGUCUACGUCAAGGUCUUCAAGGCCCUCUACUACGUCCUCUCGAAGCUGCCCACGGACGUGCUGGGCAUCGUCUGGGGCCUCUGCCUCGUCUUCUUCGGCGGCGUCUACCCGCUGACGAUGGCGGCCUUCGAGGCCUUCCGCCAGUGCGGCGGCGCCGACACCUACGCGGCGCUCCACGACCUGCAGGUCCAGUACGGCAACGCGAAGAAGGCCCUCGAGGACGACGACGCGCUGGACGCGGACGGCGACGGCGUCGCGGACGUCGAGCAGCGCGCCGUCGCGGAGACGAUCCGGCGCAAGAACUACCUCGUGCUCACGGCGACGGACCCCGUGGCCCUAGACCGCGGCUUCAAGGGCCUCUACACGGCCUGGGUCGCCGUCAUCGCCGUGCUCAAGAUCCAGUUCGCGCAGAUGGUCGCACUCGGCUCGGCGAUCGGCGACUUCCUCGGCCAGCUCUUGCGCGUGCCCCUGACGCAGGUCCUCGUCCACGUCAUGGACAAGGAGACCCAGAAGUGGAUCCCGACGAUCAUCUUCUACACGUGCAAGGUCGUCGCCAUCGCCGUCGCGAUCCACGUCCAGAAGCUCCUCUCGGCGUUCUACAGCGCGGUGCGCGGCGGGCUGCUCGUGUCGCGCAACGUCAUGUACGUCCUCGACCGCAAGGGCGUCUUCAAGCUCGACCCGAACGAGACCUACGUCGACGAGGUCACGGGCUGGGCGCUGGCCGCGGUCGGGUUCUACCUCCAGUUCAGCGGCGGCUUCGCGAUGCCGCCCUUCGCGUUGGAGCGCCUGGGCUGGCGGCACGUCUACGACGAGUGCUGCGACCACGCGACGUCCGACGCGCACCUGGACCGCGUGCCGGCGGCCGCGCGCGCGGUCUUCGUCGCCGCGACGCAGGGCGACGACUUCUACGCCGGCCGCCAGGUCACGCUCGGCGCCUGGGGCCCGCGCGCCGCCGUGCUCGACCCCGCCGAAGCGCCGGCGCCGGGCGCCGGCGUCGCCUUCUACCGCCGGCCCGACGCCUUCGGCUUCGAGUUCCGCGGGCCGUCGACGUUCCGCGACGACCGGCUCCACUGGAACCUGGACCGGACCAUCACGACGGGCGGCUGGUUUGCCGGUGAAGCCCUCCAGUUCGGCGGCACGGGGCCCUGGCGCAAGCUCCUGCUCUACCGCGAGUGA